AUGGCCUCGUGGCUGUGUCACGGCGUGUUCGACAGUCUAGCGGUCGACGUUGUGAAAAAACUUGAUGUCUCGUAUCCGCCGCAGGCUGUCCGUGGUCCGUGGAUCGUCGAUGGUAAUGCCGGAACUCUUGGUAGCUCGUUUCCGCAAUGGUCGCUUUACGGAUCGUCGUGGCUCGUGGUCGUCGGGGCUGCGAGAGCGUUUGGUAGCUCGUCUCCACGACGGUCAGGUCUCGGAUCGUCGUUGGCUGGUGCUGCUUCAGGUCCUUCGGGUUUGUUCUUGGUAGAAUUGUUGAAGGUCUGA